CCAUUUCCCUGUUCUGUGGUGGAUGUGCUCGGCGUUCGGCGGACCUCCCUGGCGAUGCUGGGGAACUCAGUAGCUGGAGGAACCGCGCUCAGCAGGCCGGCGUCCCGUCCUAUCGGCAGCUCCCUUGGCCUGGCAUCUGGGGGCUGUGGUAGAGAAAAGGAAGGAGAUCCCACGGUUGGCUGACAGCAUUUUGUUUUCACCGGGCCUGGUGAGCGGCGCCGAGGAGAGCAUGAGGCGGUGAUUAGACUCGGCCUGAUUUACGGAAGCGCCAUGAACCUGUUGCCCUGUAACCCUCACGGAAAUGGUCUCCUUUUCGCCGGCUUCAACCAGGAUCACGGUUGCUUUGCAUGUGGAAUGGAAAAUGGAUUCCGAGUCUACAAUACUGAUCCACUAAAAGAAAAAGAGAAACAAGAAUUCCUUGAAGGAGGAGUUGGCCAUGUGGAAAUGUUGUUUCGUUGCAACUAUUUAGCAUUAGUUGGUGGUGGAAAAAAGCCAAAAUAUCCCCCCAAUAAAGUGAUGAUAUGGGAUGAUCUGAAAAAGAAGACGGUUAUUGAAAUAGAAUUUUCUACAGAAGUCAAAGCAGUCAAACUGCGACGAGACAGAAUUGUGGUGGUUUUGGAUUCCAUGAUUAAGGUUUUUACUUUUACACACAAUCCUCAUCAGUUGCACGUCUUUGAAACCUGCUACAAUCCUAAAGGUCUAUGUGUUUUAUGUCCAAAUAGCAACAAUUCGCUCCUGGCAUUCCCUGGUACACAUACUGGCCAUGUGCAGAUAGUGGAUCUGGCCAAUACAGAAAAACCUCCAGUUGAUAUCCCAGCUCAUGAAGGAAUCCUAAGCUGUAUAGCUUUAAAUCUCCAGGGAACAAGAAUUGCAACAGCAUCUGAAAAAGGGACCCUUAUAAGAAUAUUUGAUACUUCAUCAGGGCAUUUAAUCCAAGAACUGAGAAGAGGAUCUCAAGCAGCAAAUAUUUAUUGUAUUAAUUUCAAUCAGGAUGCUUCACUUAUCUGUGUAUCAAGUGAUCAUGGAACAGUACACAUUUUUGCAGCUGAAGAUCCCAAAAGGAAUAAGCAGUCUAGUUUGGCCUCAGCCAGUUUUCUUCCAAAAUACUUCAGUUCCAAAUGGAGUUUUUCCAAAUUUCAGGUUCCCUCAGGCUCUCCAUGCAUUUGUGCCUUUGGAACUGAGCCAAAUGCUGUCAUAGCAAUCUGUGCAGAUGGCAGUUAUUACAAGUUCUUAUUCAACCAAAAAGGAGAAUGUUCCCGUGAUGUCUAUGCUCAGUUUCUAGAAAUGACUGAUGACAAGCUUUGACUUUUCAAGAGAAGCAUUUGGACUGAAGUACUGCUGAGUUAUUCUGCAACACUUGGAGGACUUAAUACUAACCCAUAAUAUUCCCCAGUUAUAGACCUCACUGAGGAACGGGCUCUAAGAGACUAACCAGGAAGAGUCUUGGUUGGAAAAUAAAUAUACCAAUAUUCAAUUUCCUUUUAUACAUGAGGCCUCACAUUUCUAGCAUGAAUGGAAAAGGAAACAAAUCACAGUGUGCCAGAAUGAGCAUUCAGGUGGUUUUUCAAAACAGUUUGAACUUGGUUUAUUUUCUUUUUUUCUAAAGAUGACAUUAGCUUUACAGGCUCAUUUGUACCCUCCAUACCAAAACAACCAGGAGUUUUUUGUAGGGAAUUGGACCAGAUUUGGAAAUUGGCAUUUGUUUAGGCAAUAACUUACAUCAUUUUCAUUGAGCCUUUUGGUGGGGAAAUGAACUUACAUGUAAAUACUAGUUCUUGUAGUAUAACAAGAUUUUAAAUAGAAUAGUAAAACCAGCAGCUUGCCUUAGUUCAGAAGAAAUGAAUUCUUUCUUCAGCUGUAUACAUAAUGAGGAAAAACAUAACUAAUAUGCUUUAGCAAAUGCAGUCUGAAUACUUUCUCUACUUAAGAUUACCAACAUAGGUUUUUAGGUUUGUUUUAUUCAUGUAAACACAUGUGCUGACUUGGUACAUUGGUAUGUGUAGUUGUGAACAUUAAUAUAGAACUGGAACAAACUCCAACUUAACUAAGGCUUAAUGGUGACAGGAAUAAUUUCUCCUCAGAUAGAAAUAAAGUCCUUAGGAGAAUGAAUCCAUCUUAAUUUCAGGGAAAAACAAAGUAAGUGGAACAAUAACAAAACCAGAUUUUUUGGGAAGUUUUUAUUUGUGACUGUUUCUUUCAGUUUAGACAGUAAAAUUUGGCAUUUAUUUCAGUGAUGCCAUACUGCUGCAUUCCAAAGAGAGUGAGCAAGAGUGUAUGGAACUCAUUUUUAUUUCCAUUGAUGCCUUGUUUGGGCACUUCACUAUUACCUUUCCCUGUAAUACACUCUUACCCUCCUCCCUCCUCUUCUCUUCCUCCCCCCCCCCCCCCCCAAAUCCCCCAGUUAUAUAGGUGACUACACACUAAUUAUUUUGGAAAUGAAAGGCACAUAGCAUUUUUGAACUAAAGUAGAAUAUUAUUGUGGGAUCUGUGUUGUUAACACUACUUAUAUGAAGUUUUGCUUGAUUGUAAAUUGCCUUUUGAGACUUAAUUUCAUAUGUCCCUGGUUUCACAUCUCACUUGUCUUAAAAUUUCUAUAGCUGCAAGGUCUUUCCAUUUUGCCUGAUUCUUGACAGUGUCAUGUAAUAUUGACUAAAUUUUAUGUAAAAUAUGCAUGUUCCUUUUGUGUGGAUUUAAUCAUGGAAAUUCAUUUUGCACAUUUAUUUGUAACAUUUCUUUUAAAUAAAAUGAUUAAUUUUGUUGUACUCUUUUCUAGUUGUGGGAAGUAAAACUUGGAUUUUACAUAUGAUCAAAACCAAGGUGAUAUAUGUUUUUCAUAUUUAGGAUACUUCUUUUUAGAUUCUACAUUUGAAUAAACAACACGUAGAUUAAU